AUGCCACAUGUCAUCUCUCAAACAUUUAGGAUGGCCCAGACUGGGCAUCCUUCAGGUCUGCCUUCCAACAAGAACAUCUCUUUAAGUAUCAUUCAAGUGACAUUGAAGACACCAGGCAAGCAAGAAGACUUUAUGAUAGCUAAUGACACCUCGGUGAGGCAGUCCAAGGAGAAGCUAUCAGCUCUUUUUAAUGACCAACUAGUGCUGGUCUUCAUGGGCCAUAUUUUCAAAGACCAUGACACACUGAGCCAGAAAGACAUCCUAGAUGGCCACACCAUCCACUUGGUCAUCAAGUCUAAACGGAGUUCCAGAUCCUUGUUUCAUUCUUCCCAGAACCUGCUGAGCAAUGAGCCCUGUCACAGGGUCAGAAACACCAAAGAAAAAAGCAGUGGGGCAUACAUCCCUGCUGGUAUGAAUCACAUUCCAGUGGAAGCAGCCCUCUUUGUGGAGCCUGAUGCAACCCAGAUGCAUACCCAAGACCCAGAAGUGGGUGAUCCCGAGUAUAUAGCACAGAUGCUGGAGAAUCCUAGCAUCCAGUGGCAUCUGUUCACUAUGGACCUCAUGAGACAGUUCAUUCCAGAAAUGCAACAAUUGAUGCAGCAGAACCCAGAAGUCUCACACAUCAGUGACAAUUCUGAGAGCCUAUGGCAGAUGCUGGAGCUGACCAGGAAUCUUGCAUUGAUUCAAGAGAUCAUGCAGAUCCAGCAACCUGCACAGAAUCUUGAGCAUCUACUGAACCCUCAGUCACAACUAGGUACAGAGACAAUCACAGGUGGAGACAAUACACUGGGUCAGACCUAUGCUAAUUCCAAUGACCAAAUACCCAAUAGCUCACAAGAUCCCUUUGGAGGCAACUCUUUCACAGCUCUCCUGAAGGGACAAGUGCAAGAACAAGUCCAAUUCUCACCCCCAUCUCGACCAUCAUCACAUGAAAGGCAGGACCAGAUUCCACAAUUCCCUAUAACCCAAGACAUCUAUACUAGUUCUUGUGGCUUAUCUUCAAUUACCUCAGCAAAUGCUACCCCCAACAAAAUUAAUCAUAAUUUUAGGGCCAAUACUGCCACUAACUUCACCAAGGGCCAGAGCCAUACCUGGGACAUUCAGCAGCCAGCUUGGGUGCCAGCCUUACCUCACAUAGAGCUCACUCAGCAACCUCAGACAGAAGGUAAAGAUACCACCAUCUCUCUAAAUAGAUCUGACCAAAUGUUAGAGGAUGAUCUCCAGCUGUUGGAAGAGCAGACACGUUUUUCCCAGAUCAUAAAAAGAAUGAUGCAAUUUCUUUUGAACAACUCCUACCUGGCAGUCCAGAUGAUGUUCAUGAAUAUGUCCCAACUGAAUGAACAGUGGAGGCAGCAGCUGCUCACCUUCCUGCAGCAGAUGCAUCUUUCUGACAUGCUUAUAGCCCUAGCCAACCCUAAGGCAUCGCAAGCAAUAUUGCAGAUUGAGCAUGGUCUGCAGCUGCUGGUCACCGAGGCUCCUAUUCCUUUGCCCUGGAUUACACUUUACCACUGAGGCUUUGGCUAUCUUCUUGCUCCCAGCUGCAGCUACCCUGACACAGUGCUCUGGGCCUGGGAUAUGCCAGAUGUGGCUUAUCCCAAAGGGCCUGAGUGCUGCCACAAAUCUGGAGCAGCCAUGCAGAAGCCACAGUCUCUAGCUGAGGAUCCUGCCCACCUUCUAUAAGCCCCUGAAUUCAGCAAGCAACUGGAAUAUCUUCAGGCCAUGAAAUUUGAGAAUCACCACACCAAUCUGCAGGCUCUAAUUGCCACUGCUGGAGACAUAAACUCACAGAUAAGGAAGGCAAAACAUACAAAAGGGGAAAAUACUACAGAUAGACUCAGAUAUUUAGUCAUAAAGACUUUCUUAGUUUCUCAAAUCCAAAUUGUUCAAAUUUCAAAGUGGAAAAAGAAAGGACUGGUGGCACAGCCCCAGAGAGAUACAGCUGUUGCCAGCCUCACUCACUUUCCACCUAAAAAAGCCCGGGCUCCCCUGUGA